AUGCAGGCAGUGCAUGGGCAGUCGAACCACCACUACCAGCAGGUUGUCGACGCUGCAGCUGCAUCCCAAAGCCAGAUUGCCUACUUCGCCCCGCCGAAGACGACCCAAGCAGGGCAAUUCGCUCCAGGCGUGCUGGACCGAAUCAAGAUGCGUCUCGAGGGGCAGGGGACGUAUGCAGUGAUUAGCGCUCUAGUCGUGAAUAUGGGUAUCCGCUUGCUGAGUGGAAACUCCGCAGACAUGAUGAGCCAGGCAUGGUGUCCCAUAGCCUGCCUCUACUCCUGUGCGCUGGCCACUUGCGUCCUCUCUGGGGUCUACGCCACGAUCGUCUUCACUCUCACGAAGAUGUACUCCAUGACCGUCAUCGGAAACUACAAGGAUGCGCAGUUCAGCGAGUUUUUCCAAGAGACGACAAAGUACAGGGUUGCAGGCUUUUGGGCCUUCUGCGCGUCUCUGGGAAGCUUUGCUUUUGCCUUUGUGACUUUCUUCUUGCUGAAGGUACGCGGCUUGCCCGGCAUUGCGGGAUGCGUGGUGGGCUUCGGCAUCGUGGUAAAGGCUAUGCUUGAUUUCCGCGGGAUUUAUCGCCGUGCAGGAAGAAUCCUGUCGUGA